AAGUGGUCGCUUGGUGAAAACUAAUGUAAACAUUUUAGGUACUGUAAAAAAAUACCAUCCUUUGCAAGACAGGGUUUGAGGCACAGUAGAGUUAUCUACGUUUCUUGAGUCACGGGACACACCCGCUUUUAACGGGACACUAGGACGACAUUAUUUUGGCUCUAGCGUUCUACCUUUUCUAUAAACCUUAAAUACAAACAGCACAGCUGAGACACAAUAAAUAAGUCGGUUCAGUCGUACUUGUAUGCACUAUGUCUACUUCUGUCGAUAUCCAUGCAAAACUGGCAUCCAUAAUAGAAAGGUUUGCCAAAUGUGCGCUGGUAGAAAUGACGAAAAUAAUCGAUAACGACUCCGCGCUUUUACGCGCUGAGAUAUCACGAAGACAAAUGGAGAUCGAGUCCCUUUUGUGUAAACUACAGUUUGCAGAGAGCGAGCUCAGGUCGGCACGACAGGCAGCAUUCCGCCAACCUCCGAAUCUCCGUUCAGUGGGAAUUCAAGUUAGCAACACCUCUAAUCUGCGAGACUAUAAGGAAAGGCAGCGAGACAUGCAUGCGGAUAAUUCAUCUUUCAAUUCAAAGCAGGAUGGAGUUCAACCGCUGCAUGUCAAAGAGGAGAGAACGGAGAUGAAAACAGGGGACAGCAGCAGGGAGGCAGAGGAGAGUCAGGGUUGCUGGGAUGAAGAACAGGAUUCACCUCAUACACCAGGAGAAGGCUGUGAUGACCUUACCAGUGAGGCAAAGCCAGCUGUUAUCUGGGAUUCACCUGUGUCGAGUGAAUUAAAUGUGAGAAGAGCACAGGGACCAGGGGCAUCACAAGUGGCUCCUAACACAAGCCAGGGCCAACGCAUCACGAACACAGCACAGCUAGAUGGCACCACCCAGCUCCGGCUAGGACGGUUCGCCGAAACAGCGGGGGCUGGAGCCGGGGUCGAGGUGGGUCCUGGCCACCAUGCAGCUUCCCUUACUGCCGAGCAGGGCAGUGAUGGGCCAGGCAUGGGCGAGAAGAGCUCGCGGUGUGGCCAGUGUGGCAAGACCUUUACCACCCGCUUCUACCUGAAGAUCCACCAGCGCAUCCACACGGGCGAGAGGCCCUACACCUGCCUGCAGUGUGGCAAACGUUUCUACUGCAACUCACACCUGAUCUCUCACCAGCGUUGCCACACAGGCGAGAAGCCCUACAGCUGUGAGGAGUGCGGCAAGUCGUACUCGCACCUGAACUCCCUCAAACUGCACCAGCGGAGCCACACGGAGGAGGAGGCAUAUGGUUACUGUUGUAAAGAUUUCAGCGAAGAGCUUCGUGAGAGACAACAGAAAAUCGAUGCACUUAGGAGGAAACUCGAGUUAGCCGAGGCCAGAGUUGUCAAUAGACAGGCUAACUGGAGUGGCGAGUAUGGAAUCGCUAGCAUUAUGGACGUCCUAGCCAAAGCUGCAGUGGUAGAAAUUAGUAAACUGCUGGCAAAGGAAGAUGCUGUGGCUUUGCGUUUGGAAAUAAAGCGAAGGGACGAUGAGAUUGAAAAUCUGGUUAAACGUCUCCAGAUGACUGAGGGAGAACUGCACCGCAUGAAAGCCACUGUGAAAUCAUUUGUUUCUGGAAAAUGUUCAGUCGCCGUUCAAGUUGAAACGUCUAGAGAUAUGUUGGGUUAUGGAGGCACUUUCUUGCCUGAUAAUCAGUUCUGUGCAGAGGCUCCGCCACCGUUUAUACCGUGCGAGGAAGCAACUCGCAUCUUGGAAUCCGAUGAGGACCUGGAGUUUGAGAUGAAAAUUGAGCAGGUGGAAGAACCUAAUGACGAGAAGCGCAAACAGACACAGUCCAGCCACAGCGCAGCAGCAGAACAAAACCACCCUGGUUCGGAAUACAGGCUCGAUCAAAGGAGCUCACAGCUCUGGUCGUCUGUCGCUGUGACAGAAAAUGGGAACCAGCAAGAAUUCGGGGAACCGGAGUAUUCUGGUGGUUUCGAGCAACGCAGAAAAGAUUUCCUUGCACAAGCAGAGCAGUAUGCGGCCGCGCAUAUGCUGAUGGAGGACGGCAGCUGCUCCUUAGCGUUUGCCGACAAAGCAAACGUGAACUCGAGCAGUUCAAAGCCCCUUAAAAGCAACAGCCAUGAUGGAGGUGAGGGCGUUUCGGGGGUAAAGGAGACUGUCGCCGUGCAGCAGGCGCGGAGGGCUGCGGCGGCGGCACCACCAAAGCCGAAGCCGCGCAAAGCGUCCCACGCGCCGUCUGUAGCGAACGACAAGCGCGCACACCCGACAAGCGCGGGCGCGCUCGCGCAGCUCCUGCCGGACGCUCGGGAUCACGGCAGCGCCCGGUUUAAAAUCUACCCCUGCAGGGAGUGCGGGAAGCGCUUCACGCAGAGGAACCGUUUAGUGUCCCAUCAGUGGGUGCAUACAGGCGAGAGGCCGUUCCGUUGUCAGAUUUGCGGCAAGAUGUUCUCCAGACACGACAACUGCCAGAGACACGAGCGCCUGCACAGCUAUUGUUACUGCUUUGUAGUUCCUGGUUGUGCAGUUGUAUUUUCAAACAGGCAGCUAAACGUAAUUUUAGGGUCAUACAUGAAGUAUUGUUUUAGACAUUUUACAACACAAAGUGUCACUUUUUCAAUUGUAUUUUUAACAGUAGACAUGGCACCCGUAGGAGUGUUGCAGUCGCAGAUCACUGCUAUACUAAAUGUAUUGACGAAAGCAGCGGUGGCUGAAAUUAGCCAGCUUAUUGAGGAGGACAGUGUCGUUUUACACCUUGAGAUAAAGCGGAGAGAGGAUGAGAUUGAAGGGCUGAAGAAACGUCUACAGCUGACUGAGAAAGAACUUAAGAAAGUGCAAGCUAAAGUGAUAGCUGAUGCCGACAAAUGUUCGAUCGGUGUUCAAGUCGAAAUGUUGGAUACAGAUUUGAUCGCAUAUGGAGAAGAACCACCGCCUGGGAACCAUAUUGAAAUAUUUAAUACGAGUUUAGUGAGAGAGCUCAAAGAAGAGAAACCUCAGUUGUCUCACAAAAUGGGGACACCUUCACACCACAUGACUAAAGAGCGACAGGCCCCUCCCACACAUGUAUCAGAGUCUAGCAGACAAGAUCAGGUACGUGAUGAAGAAGACUUUAGUGGACUAGAGUUUGAAAUGAAGAUUGAGCAGGUCGAAGAGCUUGUGGAUCAGGAACUGAGCCUGCCAAGAGCAGAUUACAGGGUGGUAGAUCCAAACACUAGCUCUGAGCACAAAGCAGAUCAAAGAGACACUCAUCUGUGGUCUUCUGCAGAUGACGACACAACAAAUGAUUUUGGUGUGCCUGACGGCUGUAUUGUACUAGAGCAAUAUGAUCAGCUUCCCACAGAGGACUGUAUAGCACCCAUGUUAAAGGAUCCUCCAAACACACAAAGUGAUGUUACCAGUAAACAUGUUGAUUCCUUUAGAUCUGUGCCUGUUCGAAUGGAGAGAGCAAUGCACUACGAAGGUGGCACAUUACCAAAAGACACAGAAUAUGGGCAGCUGGGAGAUAAUCUGAAUCAUAUGACAUCCCAAAGGCAACAAGCUCAGAGCUCCUCCCAUCUGCCGUCCAAUGCCAGCGGGAAGCCGAGACACUCGUUUGGUGCCAUUCCACGCCCUCACACGCACAUACCCUCCGGCUGCCAUGCACCACCUCCACCCCCCAUUCUUCCCUUGCGUGGAAGGGCCCCAGUGGUCCACAUAGGCUCAAAACCCUUCCGCUGUGAGGAAUGUGGGAAGGGUUUUACCCAGAGGACGCGCCUGAUAACGCACAAGCGCAUCCACACGGGCGAAAAACCAUACCAUUGCCAGUUGUGCGGGAAGAUGUUCUCCAGACAAGACAACUGCCUCAGACAUGUGCGUCUCCACAGCGGACAGAGAUGGUAAUGAUGUGUCCAGCGCUGGUAGACAACCCCCUUUCCCCAGUAAUAUUGGACUUGGUUUCCAAUAAGAGCAACUGCCAUAAGAAGAACAAUGUUCUGUUCUGUAGGAAUAUUUUAUAGAAUUUUGUGUUGUCUGUUCUCUGGGUCAGCUGGUUUACAUACGAGAGCUUCAAUAGAAUUGAAUUGGGUGGGAUUCAGUCAGAAUAGUUACUUUUUUGUCAUUGUAAAUGUUGUCAUGUAUAAAGUAAUUCACUUUUGGUGUUUAUCUAAGACAGUGGGCUGUGUUUGAGUGUGCUAAGAGUUGUAUGCAGGGUUACAACCUAUACACGUUUAGGACUUUUGAAUGCCUUUUUAAAAAUUUAUGCAUGGGCAAUUUGAUUUGUGCAAGGUUGUGAAUGCAGCAAAAUAGAGGCUCCUGUAACUAAGCUGCAAAGCAGCGUGUUGUUUUUGUGGAACAGAAAACAUUGCAUUAUGAUCCCUGAAGACCUGUCUGAGCUCACCACAGACAUUUGAUUCCUUGUUCAGGCACCAAUGAUGCAAACUGGAAUCGUGCAGCACUUAGUGUCAUGGAAUUAUUUCCUUUCAUAAAUAGAGUUAUGAUUACAGUUGUUAAGGUGACAUGGUUAGUCAUGAGGUAUGAUUGGACAGUAACCUCACCAUAGAUGUUUUUAGCAUUUGGAAACUUGCAUAUAUUUAUCAUUAUGAUAGUGUGUGCGCUUCCUGUGACUUGAACCCAUGGACUAAGUGUUUCCAGCAGCUUGCUCUGCAUGGUGAGCUACAGAGGAAUCACUGACUUUGUCAUAAUACCAAUUAAAAUGCAUUGCAUCUC